CCUAAGAACGAUAGCAGGUAUCUCUUUGGAUAGCCAGUUUUUUUUUAACCUCCUUCCGUCUACAGCUCCUAAAGGUAUGAAAUCAAGCCGUCAACAGGACAGGACAGGCGAUCCUCGAUCUGCCGCAACCAAAGUCUCCCAAGUUGAUGCAAUCCUGAUCUCAAGCGAUAAGGGGUCUGAUUAUGGCGACUCUGAUAACAGCCAAGCCGAUGCCAUGUUCCCACGCGUUGAAAAGCUCCCUCUAAGUCCUGAACGCGAUAGAGUCGAAGAUAACAAUAUGAUCAAUUCCGACAAGAGUCCCAAAGACAUCGAUGCUGGUGACGAUAGAGACACCGUUAUUGACCCCGCAGAGUCGGACCCCGCAGAAGAAGCUCUCGAUGAUAUUGCAUCUACUGGCCGGGCCACAUACUACGAGACUGCUAAGGAAUCAUCGAUCGGAGUUGAUUUUCAGUCUCCGCGCAACUCGCGCGGCUUUUCCACGCCUUCUUCACCACGGCUGAAAGACGAUCCUAGUCGACUUAACACGCCUAACUGUGAUUUGGCUACGGAAGACGACAGUGGUCGCAAAGAGUAG